GGCGCGGCACGGCACGGCUACAAACCCCGCCCGCGCAGAGAGAAAAGCGAGCGCGAGAUGGAGAGAGGGGGGUGGGGGUUUACUUACACCGAAUCAGGGUGCCAGUUAUUGGUGUUGCCGCCAUAGGUGGAGGUUGCAUGCGAGCGUGUUCGGAUUAAAGCUGUGAUCAUCAACGGCUCCCCGCUGCGCCGGUCAGCGUGACGCACAGAAAGUGGAGGCGCACCGUGACCGGAGUCCCAUUGGAUUAGAGCCAGUGGCAGCGGAGGGAUCACCAAGUUGAGAUGGUGUAAGAGCUUGUGGUGUGUGUUUGUGUGUGAGGAGGAUGCUCCCGUCUCGCGGUUGUUUUUGUGCGAUAAGUUUGGACUGAACAGAACGGAGCGGAGCGCGCGCGUCUACCUGGGAUGUAUUUCUUUGAACUGCAAUAAGAGAAAGGGGAAAAAGAAAAAAGGAAAAAAAGGUCAUGUGGACGCAGUUUGAAUCUGUGGAGAGGUUUGCUGUGUGAGAGGAGCGGAACAAAGCGUGCGCCAGGCUGAAUCCCCAACACAAAUCUGGGUAAACAUACAUGACGGCCGGUUUUGACGUUGUGUUGUAUUGAUGAGCAACAAUACCGGUGAUAAAAUUACAAACCGAGUGAAUUCUGGAGUGUUAUUCAUUGUGAUUUUUUUGUUUGUUUUUUUUUUCUUUUUUUUGGAGAAAGAGGGGGAUCUAAUCCAGGUGGCGCAUCUAUCUCCCCGGCUGCGCGUAAUGGGAGAAAAGUUUCGGACCUUGCAGAGGAGACGCAAUCGCAGCAUCCCGCCGUCGACGCGCUUAUAAAUAACAUGUGAAUUCCUGCUGUUCCGUUCGCGCGAGACGAAGUUUGAAAGUGAAUUUCAACCAUUCAGUAUGACUUGAAAGAGCCUUGGCGUUAUCGGAACUCACGUCAAGCCAAGUUAACGAUCCAUGAACCGCGGAACCGAUUUGUCCAAAGACGCGCAGACGGACAUUCAUGAUCUGAAGAGGAUUUCUGCAGCAGCAGCAGCGCAGUGAAAGCCUGAACCCAGUGAGACAGAGAGAGAGAGAGAGAGAGAGAGAGAGAGAGAGAGAGAGAUCCCCCUGGAUGUCUAUGAUGUUGUGCCAGCUCGGGCAGAGGUGUGUGAUGGAGGUGGUGGUGCUGACCAUCCUGUCCUGGGUGUCCGUGUGGGCAGAGGAGAAGAUCAUAUUUGACAGACACGCUGUCUACUGGAACAGCUCCAACCCCAAGUUCUGGCACGGAGAGUACAGGGUGGCAGUGAACAUUAAUGACUAUCUGGACAUCUACUGUCCUUACUACGAGGGUCCUCCAUCCCAUGGGCGCAUGGAGCGCUACAUCCUGUUUAUGGUCAACCACGAGGGCUACACUUCCUGCCAGCACAGGAUGCGUGGCUUCAAGCGCUGGGAGUGCAACCGUCCCAGCGGUCCUGACGGACCCCUGCGCUUCUCAGAGAAGUUCCAGCUCUUCACUCCCUUCUCCCUGGGCUUUGAGUUCAGGCCUGGACACGAGUACUACUACAUCUCGUCUCCUCACCCAAACCAUGUGGGGCGAGCAUGUCUAAAGCUGAAGGUGUAUGUCAGACCUCCAGAUGGGUCGGGAUAUGAUUCUCCGGAGCCCUUCCUGACUGAUGGAGGUCCAAGCUGGAGGCCAGGGUCCAUGACCCUGUUAGCUGUUCUGGCCUCACUGCUCCUAGGACUCUUCUCCUGGCUGUGACCCCUCUCCCUCUCCUCCUGGAGCUCCCACCCAGGGUCGCUGGGCUGGGCUGGCUGUCCCUCUAAAUCCACCACCCCUCAGGGAAGCCCUCUGUCUCCGUCUCCGUAUCCUCCCCCCACCUCCGCCCCUCCCACCUCCACCUCUAUACGACCAACAACCCCCGCCCCUCCCACCUCCACCUCAAUACGACCAACAACCCCACCCCCCCCUGCCAGCCCCCUCCAUGGCCCAGCUACGGACACCGUUUCCAGCCCUGGCUGAGAGGGUUUGGUCUUGAGCUGUCUGGGAAACUGCGCUUCAUCUCUGAUCCCCAAAUUCUGGGUGGAACAGCAGCUCUCAGCUGAAAAACACAAGGGAAAUGUCUCUGCACUCAUAUCAGGGGGUCCUUUUGAUUUGUUUAUUGACUCUUGGCCACUGAUGGGGUAGAUGUAGCCGCGGCUAUGAUUAAACUUGUCGUUCCAGUGCAAUUCCUAUCAUCCAAUCACGGCAGGAUGCAUUAAGCGAUAGGCCUGAAUGCACAAAAAUUGGAUUUUUUUCUCACAUUGCUAUCCCAUCGUCAAACCAAGAAUUGGAAGUGGCCAAGCUUGCAUUUUAAUUGGAAUUCUAUACUACCUGGACCAGUUCCAACUGCAACGAGUAGAACAGCAAACCUAUAGCGAUGGAGAGGAGAAAAGUGACCUGGCCUGUGCAGAAAAGAAAGGGAAACAGAUUCAAAUAAAUAUGGCCAUAUGGGAAAUGUAAUGUUAUAUGUGUUGAUAUUUUCAGACCCAGUGUAGAUUCACAGCAAUGUGAUAUAAAUACUUUUUUUUUUAUGAGAAGCUUUAAUAUCACAUUAAAAUGACAAGUAUAAUCAUAGCCUGUUAUAG